AAACACCUUAAAUUUUGCAAGUUAAUCAGUCUCGCUGAUGAGCCACUCCGGUGUCAACAGAACUUCCAAGGUAUCGAGAUAUGAGGAACGUGACAGUAUUUUCCGUUUUGUUUUUGGGAUGCAUCGCCCAGCAACUUCCUGCAAGUUUCAAAGUGUGCGAUCACUUCGCUCCGGACGUUAACGCGUGCCUAAAGGACGCGAUACUCAGCGCACUUGGCCAACUGAAAGAUGGUUUGCCCGAAAUCGGUGCGGUCGCACUCGAGCCCUUGCACAUCGCGAACAUCACGGUCCACAAGUUCGGAAACGAGUUCUCGUUCAUCAACGUCAUGAUCGAUCACCUCUCGACGGUUGCGGUCACCGAUCUUCACUCCGACUUGACCCGCGAGAAAUUUUGGCUAGAAUUCAACAUGACCGCGGAUGAUAUCAUCGCGGAGAUGGAUUACAGCAUCAAAGGGAAGCUGUUGAUGUUUUCCGUCGACGGUGGCGGAAGAGGAGAGCUUCACAUGAAAAACAUGGUUAUCCAAGCCACGCUGAUAGGUGGCGUCACAAGCGACGGCAAAUACUAUAACCUCGACGAUCUCAACCUGAAGCUUUACCCGAAAAUGGUCAAAUACCGUUUGGAGAACAUCGUACCAGGGCAGAAGGAGAUAAGCGAUCAAAUCAACGAUGUGCUCAACGACACCUGGGACCUGUUGUGGGAUGCCUUCAAAGUGGAUUUGGAAGAGAUCCUUGACAAGUUUUUCUUGGAGUAUGCCAACAAUAUAUUGAAAUAUGUCCCAAUUUCACCCUAGUCUUUUAAGCGCAGUGAAAUGUGAAGUAAAAUAUUAGAUUUAGUCAUUAAGUUCUUUCUAGUUGACCACAUUAUGUGCCAUUAUUAAAUUAAAAUGUUAAAAACCCAAA